AUGAUAGCGGCGAAGACAAAACAGGAGGGGGAUGAGAUCGGGCAUCCGGCACUCACGAUAGACACGCUCAUGGAGACGGAGGAAACUUCAUACCCGAAUCCCCCCACUGGGCCAUUGGACCACUCCGAAUCACUUGAAGCACAUCCUGACGCAAUCUUUCAGUCCCUCGAGCUGGAAGCGCCCCCACGGUCUCCACCAUAUGAAGAGUUCUCCGCAACACCCUCACCAGUACCAGCAACGUCACGGUCGUGUUCAUUCGAUUCUGGCUAUUCAACGCCUUCUGGUGCAGGGGUACUGCCACAGGACAACUCAGAUGUGGAGUCGGAGGCCGACAGCACUGUUUACUAUCUUGCGCCCAUCAUCAACUUUUCAUACGAUAUCCGUCGUGCCUUCAAGAAGACAUCUAUCCCCCGCCCAGACGAGAUGUGGGGGGAGCUGGAGCAGCUUAAACAAAUCAUCGAGGCGUCUCUCUUGCGCAAAGCCCAAUCAUCAACGAAUGCCACUUCGACGGCCGCCAAUUCAUCGGGCAUGCCACUCAAAGUCGAUGUUGCCACUACUGCCAAAAAAGUCGUCGAUGGCGGCCCGAUGUCAAACAAGAUCUCUCCACCCACUUCGAAGGGUGGAGGGGACGCGGAGGGCUGGACAACGCGGAAGGCCCCCGGGAGGAGGUGGAGGUGGGCGGAGGAGGGCGAGGUAGAGGAGGGCUGCUCGGGCGGAGGCGGGCGACGCGCGCAGGUGCUGUGGGCAGAAGAGGGCGAGGCGGAGAGCUGGGACGAGACGGACAAGGGGGACGGCGGCGCGGACACGGAGGAGGCGGACACGGGCAGCGACACGGGAGAAAGUCUGGGACGAGCCGGAGCCUCCCUCUGCCGCCAUGGUCUCGACCCCUCCUUCGACGCCUCAGAGACGGUCUCGCUCAGCUCAGGUUAUGACUCCGUCCCCGGUCAACCCGUUGGUAUACGUGCAGCAGGCCCCUCCCGAUGGGUCAACACACACUUCAGCGCUGGCGCUAUCACCCCUCCCGUCUUCAAUCCCUUCUUCCCCUUGGCUCCGACUUCUACGCCCAUCGACUACUUCCACCCUUCCUUCAUCCCGGAUUCCGCCCUCCUCGCGCAGCAGGAGAUGGCUUUGCUUUCUUUGCAGCACCAGCAACUGGCUUUGCAACGAGCGAUGCAGCAACAGCAGCUUCACAUGGCUCAGCAGCAGAACACCUUCUUCCAGCCUACCCUUAGCUAUCCCUUACCCUCCCCUGCGACUCAGCUCGGACCGCAUGGCACGGACUGCAUCCCCGUUCAGACAACUCUGCUCCCCUCUGGCCCGCCAAUGACCGCGAUCAGAGAUCUUAGCUCGUCUUCUGGCUCGUCUUCGCCGCCGUCUGUGGAGGAAGCAGAGGCAAUCGUCGACGCGACAGCCCACUUGAAGCCCGUGUUCCAAGUCAUAUCGCCGGAGUAUGCGACGCCCGUGAGAGAGGUUCGUGCUCUUCGAGCCGCGAACAAGGGCAAAUCACCUGCAACGCAAUCCCAAGAUAUCCGAGAGUGGGCCAGGCUGUCUGCCAUCUCCGACCGACUCGACGGCCAUCCUCUCAACAAGCCCGUGGUGGCCCCGAUGUCCAUUGCGAUGAAGCUAGGACUCGUACCCAAGGACCCUCGCGAGCAACUGCCGAGCGGAGCGCGGGAACACUGUGGAUCGCCAUCCCCGCCCAUCGACCAGUCAUUGUCCACUAUGAGUUCUAGUGUCCCGUCGCGCCUCAGGACGCCUGCCGUCUACACUUGCGAUCCAAUGGGGACACCGCCAAACGUUUCUGACUUGGUCGCUAGGCUCGAGAAGCUUUCUCCGAAGGGCCAGACCAUCCCGCAGCCGCCCCUAGCGCGCUCUUAUGCUUCCUGCGGAUUUGAACAGUAUCUUCCAGGAGGAACGUCUCUCGAGUGCUCCUCGCGCGACCUCGGGGGGAGCCCGGACACGUUCCUAUCGCCGACCAUGUUGGGCCCAUUCCCCGGCAAUCUAGUCCCAUCCUCGGCGAGCAAGACGGGUCUCGACCUUCCUUCGUGCGCGAGUUCGUCCUCCGACGAUCUCAGCUCGCAGGCCGUGGAGUGCGACCUUGGAGACAUCGCGUUCAACACCUUGGAGGACACGUUCUCCCUGAACGACUAG